AGCGCGCGUGUGAUUGGCCGCGGACCCUGCGCGUUCACGCUCUAGUUGUGAGAUUUGCGCGCCGCCGCUCGCUGGAGGACAGGAAAGCGAUAGUUGUCAUACCGAGGGGCAAAUAACUCAUCGUUUCCAAUGAAUAACUACCCCUUCAGCUCGACCGCCAGCUGACGCACUGCCCUGCGCGAACCCACGCGGACGGAGGAGCGACGCGGCGCGAUCGUGUGAGGAGUAUCCGGUGGCGGCGACAGCAGCUCUGGCCGUUCCUCUGCUCCAGUAUGGCUCAGCCGAGCUCGUGUGCUCAGAGCAGUAACGGUGUGGCCGACGAGUCUCCCAACAUGCUGGUCUACAGGAAAAUGGAAGACAUCAUCGCUCGCAUGCAGGACGAGAAGAACGGGAUCCCCAUCCGCACCGUCAAGAGCUUCCUGUCCAAGAUCCCCAGUGUGUUCUCAGGCUCUGAUAUUGUCCAGUGGAUGCAGAAGAACCUGAACAUUGAAGACCAAGUAGAGGCUCUUCAUCUGGGGACGCUGAUGGCGGCUCACGGUUAUUUCUUCCCCAUAUCAGACCACGUUCUCAUGCUGAAGGACGACGGAACCUUCUACCGCUUUCAGACUCCGUAUUUCUGGCCGUCAAACUGCUGGGAACCAGAAAACACUGACUAUGCGGUUUACCUCUGUAAACGAACAAUGCAGAAUAAAGCUCGUCUGGAGCUGGCCGAUUAUGAAGCUGAGAGUUUGGCGAGGCUACAGAGAGCUUUUGCACGGAAAUGGGAGUUUAUAUUCAUGCAAGCAGAAGCACAAGCGAAAGUGGACAAAAAACGGGACAAGAUCGAGCGGAAGAUCUUGGACAGUCAGGAGCGGGCCUUCUGGGACGUUCACAGACCUGUGCCUGGCUGUGUGAACACUACUGAAGCCGACAUAAAGAAAUCCUCCCGGAUGAAGCAGCCGCACAAAACACGGAAGUCAGUGUACGGUCUACAGAAUGACAUCCGCAGUCAGAGUCCGACUCACACAGCCGCACCGGAAGUGAAAGAGCCCACGGAGGACGAGCUUCGCAACCAGAUCCAGCACUGGCAAGCACAGCUAGACAGACACCGCUUAAAAAUGUCCAAAGUCGCAGAGAGUUUGUUGAGUUUCUCGGAGCAGUAUAUCGAGUACGAUCCGUUCUUCACGACGCCGGAGCCGUCGAACCCCUGGAUCUCUGAUGAUGUCACUUCCUGGGAGCUGGAGGCCAGUAAAGAGGCCGGGCAGCAGCGGGUGAAGCGCUGGGGAUUCUGCUUCGACGAGGUUCUGAAGGAUCCGGUCGGGAGAGAGCAGUUCCUCAAGUUCCUGGAGUCCGAGUUCAGCUCCGAGAACCUGAGGUUCUGGCUGGCGGUGCAGGAGCUGAAGAAGCGUCCGAUCCGAGAGGUUCCCACCCGGGUGCAGGAGAUCUGGGAAGAGUUUCUGGCUCCUGGAGCGCCGAGUGCCAUCAACGUGGACUCCAGGAGCUACGACAAAACCACGCAGAACAUCAAGGAUCCCGGCCGCUACGCUUUCCAAGACGCUCAGGAGCCCAUCUACAAGCUGAUGAAGAGUGACUCGUACAGCCGCUUCAUCAGAUCCAGCGCCUACCAGGAGCUGCUGCAGGCCAAGAAGAAGGUAAAGCCCCUGAAGCGGCUGGAAACGGCCAUCUGAGCGUCCUGUUCAAACCCCUCGUCUCUGCCGCGUCUCUUUAGUUUUGCACGUGUUUCUCUUCGUUUCUUCUUCUGUUCUGUUCUGUUCUGUUGUGUCUGUUUUGUUUUGAAGUGAUGAGACAGGAAGUGCUGAUUGGCUGGUUUUUCUGUGAUGUGGUGAGUUCUGUCAGUCUCUUCAGGUUCACAGAUAUACAGACACGCUGGAAAUUAGCACAGAAAAUCAUUUCCAUCAGUCUCUCAGCCGGAUUUACAGAAUGUCGUACAUUGCAUUGAUAUUAU